AUGGUUCACUGGUACGUACCAUGUGGACUCCAGUGUUUUCCCAGUCGCUCCGAGGGCCUCCCCACCGGCCUCCCCGCCUGCCCCCCGCCUUCCUGCGCCGCCAGCGGGAUAAAUGAUCCAAACCCGGCCACAUUGCUACAACUGAUUAUAGUUUAUUUAGAGCAGGCGCGGCGUGGAGCGGCGUGGGGCGGCGUGGGGCUGCGGGGCCAUUCUUCAUCACGGCAGGCUGAUAAUAAGAGGCCCCACACACGGCCGGGCCCUCGGGGGACUGCUCUGAGUGUGUGUCGCCACCGGAGCUCGGCCCGGCACUGCUGA